GAAGGGGGCGCGUGCGCGCGGCCAUAUUGGCUACUUGUGACUCGGGAGGAACUAGUAAAAAAAAUAACCCAACUUUUCUCACAUCUCUCGUGUACGCAGGAAAAUGUUGCCCUGGAGAACUGUCCAUUGAUCCGCGAUACGGCCGAUCCUGUCAGCGGCGUCCUGACCGCGGCGUUGCGCCGGAGUAUCUCACCGUUCCCGCAAAGACGUUCCUUUCCCUGAAAAAAUGAGCUUCUUUGGUUUCGGUCAGUCAGCCGACAUAGAAAUCACGUUGGAUGGUGCUGAGACGCGGAAAACCGCGGACAUAAAGUCCGAGGAUGGCAAGAAGGAGCGGCACCUGCUCUACUACGACGGCGAGACCGUGUCCGGCAAGAUUAACAUCAGCUUACGAAAAGCUGGAAAACUAGAACAUCAUGGUGUGAAAGUAGAAUUUAUUGGACAAAUCGAGCUGUAUUAUGACAGAGGUAAUCAUCACGAAUUCACGAGUUUGGUGAAAGAACUGGCGAGGCCAGGGGAACUGACACAUAAUACUGUGUACACGUUUGAAUUCCCGAAUGUCGAGAAACCAUUUGAGAGUUACACGGGGUCCAACGUGCGACUACGAUACUUCUUGAAAGUGACAAUUGUACGAAGGAUUAGUGACAUCAUUAAAGAACUCGAAUUAGUUGUGCACACUCUUAGUUCCUAUCCAGAUAUGAAUAAUCCCAUUAAAAUGGAGGUUGGAAUUGAAGACUGUUUGCAUAUCGAAUUUGAAUAUAAUAAAAGCAAAUAUCAUUUGAAAGAUGUAAUUGUUGGCAAAAUAUAUUUUCUUCUGGUUAGAAUAAAAAUAAAGCAUAUGGAGAUAGCAAUCAUCAAGCGGGAAACUACAGGCUCUGAGUACAUAUUUGCAGGUCCGCACACGUUUACCGAAAACGAGACUAUAGCGAAGUACGAGAUCAUGGAUGGUGCACCUGUUCGAGGAGAAUCCAUUCCUAUAAGGGUGUUCUUAGCUGGAUAUGAUCUGGCGCCUACAAUGCGCGAUAUCAAUAAGAAGUUUAGCGUUAGAUAUUAUCUGAAUUUGGUUCUUAUGGAUGAGGAAGAUCGACGAUACUUUAAACAGCAAGAGAUUACAUUAUGGAGGAAAGGUGAAAAGAGCAGAAAGUCGCAAACGGCCUCGCCACACAUGCCAUCGCAUUUAGUAUCUGCUGAAACGGGAUUCCCACAAGGUGCUGCACAGAAUGGUCCACCGUCAGUGCCGCCCGAUUCCGAUGAAUUACCAACGAAUAACGAAAUUACGAACGCGGAGGAUACUCCUGCACCAAUUGAAGGCAUGACACGAGAAGAAGGAGAUGGUGAAGGUGAAAAAGAAGGUGGUCCAGAAAGUGAUUGAGUCUCCACGUAGUUGAGUUUUUGGUGCAAGCUACAAUCCAGAUUAGUUGAGAACGUUAAAUAUGGCUGAUAUAUGCAGCAAAGAAAUUAGAUUUUUAAAAAUCUCUAUCGCAUUGAGAGAUUGUUUUUAUUAAGAAAAACAGCGGGAUGUGUAAAAAAAGGCCUGCUAGCAAAGUUGUAAAUAUUUUGGAUACCUUAUAUAUAAUUAUAUAUAAUUGAGAGCAAAUAAUUUGUAACUAGUAAAAUAUCGAUCAAAAUUAUAAUAUUAUGAGGAAAUAGAUUUAAAAGAACAAGGGCGAUUCUUUGUCAUUUUGAAAAAGAUAAUUUCGAUAUUGUUUAACGAGCCAUAUUGCAAAUGAGUCUAAUAUAAACAAGUAUAGGUAUUUCCUGAAUGGACGGCUUACUAAUCAAAUAUUAACAAACGGUAAAUUUUGCAAAACAUCUGGGUGUUACAGUGUUCUAAAUGUUUUAUACAGACGAUUGUGCCCACUGACCCGCCCACUAUAUAAUUCUGAAAAUCCAAAAUCUGUGGCAGCGUCACGUUUAAAGAGGGAAUUUUAAAUACAAAAUGGAUAUAUACUCACAAAGGCUGCCCCAUAUUAAUCCGUUCACCUAGUCUAUGAAUCCUAUAAACGAAAUAUGAGAAACUACUUAUAUGUGUAUAUGAUGCAUGUUUUCGAAAAUAGUUUUUACGUAUGAACACACAAUACACCUCGAGCGAGAAAGAUUGCACUUAUUUUUAGAACGAGUUUGUACAAAAAGAAAAAUGAUUGUUGCACGACACUACGAGUUGUAUAGAUUAUCUUUGGCUUUGAGUUUAACGAAAUUUUUGUAUAAUAGGGACAAUUUCAUAAGAUAGAGUUUUAUAUGCAGAAGCGUGACAUUUUGCGUAAUAUUAAUCUUCCAACAGACACAAAUUACAAUAUAUCUGCUCAAGUUAAUUGCCUUUCUGAACACGAGAGUGGAUUAUGAUAGAUUAAAUAAUGGGGUAGCCGCCUCGUGUAUUUAUUAUAUAUAUAUAUAUAAUUGCAGUAUACGUAUGUGAGUAUAUAUACAUAUGUAAAAUUUUCAUUCAGGCAAUAAUGACUAACUGAAUUACUAACUGUACACCAAUGAAUCGUGAUAUAUCGGACAAGCAAUGAUAUUUCGUGAAAAAAAACAUACAAAAACUGUAAUAAAUUUUUUAUUGAUUAUUGUAAUUUUCGAGAAAAUUGAUUGUGAAAGUAAGUUUUUUUAUUUCAUUACAUGAAUCUCUUCUCGAAGAUUAGAUAAUCAAUAACGAAAAUUUAUUUUGCAUACUUUAUUGGCUGUUUUUCACGAGAAAUUAUUUUUCGAUGAUUGUACCACGAUUUUCUCGACAUUCUGUAUGUAUAUGUAAACAUACACGUAUUACAUCUUGUAAUAUCACAGACAAUUGGGUGCAACCAUAUUUCCUUCCAUCGCUGCGGUAUUGCGAGACCCUGCAAUGAUGAAAGUAAUACUGCUGCAAAUGGGAAACCUAUCGUUUUGUACUGUUCUAUAUCAUGGAAAUUUUGACUGUAAAAAAAUGUAUUGAAAAAAUGCAUAAUAUUAGAUUAUAUACAUAUACAUAUAUA